AUGAAGACAAGUCGUCGCAUAUAUUUCUGUGAUCGAGUGACGGAUUUCCUGCAACAUCUUCUCAACAAUGUUGCUAAUACUACCGUGCUAGUCAUAUGCUCAACGAGAGAAACUUUUCUAGAACAACUCCACGAUGAUGUCUCGAGUCAUGCUCGAGACACAGCCGAGAAACCCGCGCUGCUUACAACAUCUCUCGGGAUGCUCUCCAGAUCAAGCGGGAUCCAACUUGCUUUCUGCCCGACUCUGGAGCAUUUCCGUGCCUUUAUCUCCGUGUUAUCCUCUCCCGCUCGCUUAGACGAGACAUCAACCAGUGACCGUCACAAUGGUAAGCGGCCUCUAAUGGCCGUGCUGAAUCCUAUAGCACUGCAUCUCCCAAGUUCGGAGUUUUCCGCCCAGGGAUUAUCGCGGACGCUCGCAACUGCAGUGGAAAUGUGCAACAAAGAAGCCAUGGACUUGGUCCUCUGUGAAUGUGGAGGUGUCCCAGAGUCUGUUGACAUCGAGUGCGGUGAGGCUUUGUGGUAUGUAGAAGUACCGUUACUCAAUGGCGCUACUCGAAGGGGAGAAGGCGAAGGUAUCUGGAGUGGUCGAAGCGUGCCUGUGAGACGAAUCGUACAGCGAUGGUUCGACUUCGAUGACAGCAAUCGCACGAUCGCAGAAUUUCUGGAUAUCUAG